AUGUCGCCCACUCCUCUCCGUCCCGGCGUUUAUGCGCCAACUAUGACCUUCUUCGAUCCCAGCACUGAAAACCUCGAUGUUGCCUCAAUCCGUCGCCAUGCUGUGCGCUUAGCCAAAGCGGGUCUGGUCGGUCUCGUCACCAUGGGCUCUAACGGUGAGGCCGUGCACUUGACGCGCCAGGAGCGCGCAACCGUCACACGGGAGACCCGCUCUGCUCUCGAUGAGGCCGGCUUUACGGAUGUGCCAGUCAUCUCUGGUGCCAGCGAGAACAGUAUUCGCGGCACCAUUGAGCUGUGUCAGGAAGUUGCCGCAGCCGGCGGCGAGUAUGCUCUGAUCGUGCCGCCCAGCUACUACCGUGCCGCUGUCGGCAACGACGAGACUCUAUACGAGUACUUCACUGCUGUGGCUGAUGGCUCUCCCAUUCCUAUUAUCCUUUAUAACUACCCCGGCGCCGUCGCUGGAAUCGAUAUGGACUCUGAUCUCAUCAUCCGCAUCUCCCAGCACCCCAACAUUGUCGGCACCAAGUUCACCUGCGCCAACACCGGCAAGCUGACUCGUGUCGCAAGUGCCCUUGGCGCCAUCACGCCCCCCUCCCCUCUGGCCCCCGCCCAGCGCGCCGCUCCCACCGUGUCCAAGCCAGACGCCAAGCACCCCUACGUUGCCUUUGGCGGUAUCGCUGACUUCAGCAUCCAGACUCUUGUCUCUGGUGGAUCCGCGAUUCUAGCCGGUGGUGCCAAUGUCGUCCCCGUCUGCAAGCUUGCCGAGGCCAUGCAGGCCCAGCAGCAGCUCAGCGAUGCCGACUGGGUGCUCACCAAGGCCGCCAUUCCCGGCACCAAGUCCGCUAUUCAGUCUUACUACGGCUACGGCGGAUAUCCUCGUCGACCCCUGGCCCGUCUUAGUGAUGCCCAGGCUCAAACGAUCGCCGACAAGAUUAAGGGCGCAUUGGAAGUUGAAUUGUCGCUGCCUGACGUGGCGUAA